AUGUCCGACUCGGCGCUAAAACCGGGGUCUUUAGGACCCAAUUUGUUCGACAAAGAUCGGUCUCAAAAUAUUAACUCCGACAUUGAUAAACCAUCAUCAUUUUCUUCUUCCUCUUCUUUUGCUGAUGAACACUCUAAAACAAAUGAUGAAGCAGCAAGUGAGCAAAGAUCAGAACCCUUAAACUCCAGUCUUUUUACUCAAACUGAAACUCAGCAAAUACCUGAUCCAUCCGUUUCGAUAUCUAGUCGACCUUUGGGAACCAGUUUAUUUGAUAAAACUUCCAAAGAAUCUUUUGAAAAAUCACCCCUUGGUGCCAGUUUAUUCGAUAAACAUAAAUCAAUUAAAUCUCCUAGUCCGAAUGGGUCUGUAAAUGCAAUCGAAUCUCAGCCAAAGUUCUCCUCUCUUGGUUCUAGUUUAUUUGACAAACAUAAACAAGGAUCUCUUGUUGAAAAAGUACCCGCAAAGGAAUCGCCGUUAGGUUCCUGUCUCUUUGACAAGCAUCGACAAACGCCAUCUUUAGAUAAAGAAUCUGCCAAAGAAUCACCUUUAGGAUCUAGUAUUUUUGAUAAGCAUAAACAAACAACAAUUUUGGAAAAGGAACCAUCAAAUAAACCUUCUUUAGGAUCCAGUCUUUUUGACAAACAAACAGCCUCUUCGCAAAAUGAAUCUUCUAGAGAAUCCUCUUUAGGUUCAAGUAUUUUCGACAAGCAUAGUCGUUUAGACGACUCUGAACCUUCUCUGUAUUCUUCUGAAAUAUCUGAUGUUGAUGGACUAGAAAAUUCAAUAUCAGUCAAAGUUUCAGAUGGCCGCACUAUUCUCUUGCGCAAGAAGAAAAAAGCUAAAUAUCCAACACAAUCUAUCCCAGAGCAUGAACGCAUUUCCAUAUCUAUGAAAGAACGCAAUCCAGGAUACAAAUCAAAUAAACACGACUCUCGUAACCAUUUUGGUAUUCCUGUUUAUGCCUUUAAGGCUGCUUUUGAACGGGAAGAAGCUGAGAAUGCCAAAAAAGCUGCUGCUGCUGCUGCUGUUUCAGCAGAACCGAAAUCUACAUUUGCGAAAAAAAACACAACCAAACCAGAUAUUUUAUUGACAGAAAAAUAUCGCCCUAGAUCAUGGUUUGAUUUGGUGGGCCCGGAAAAAACACAUCGCAGAAUGCUUAAAUGGCUACGCCAAUGGUCACCGUUAGUCUUUGAUACCCCAGUCACCCAAGACGUCAAUACCCAAUUUGGUUAUAAUAUUCGUGAUCUUCUUUCUCGGCCGCAGAAAAAAAUUCUUCUUAUCCAUGGUCCUCCUGGAAUUGGUAAAACUACUGUGGCCCAUGUUAUUGCGGCACAAGCAGGCUACGACGUUAUGGAAAUCAAUGCAUCUGAUGAACGAUCAGGUAUUAUUGUCAAAGAACGCAUCAAAUCUGCCAUUCAUUCUCACCGUAUUUCAUCGUCAGGUAAUCCUGUAUGCAUUAUAGCGGACGAAAUUGAAGGAGCUGCUGAAGGAGGUUUUAUCAAAGCUCUCGUUGAUUUAAUCAAUGCCGAUUCUAGAGCCAUUCAAACUAUCGAACGUUUAACAUCGCAUGGUGGAAGUGCAGCGGGGUAUAAAGGUGGUCAGAAAAUGCAACCAAAUGCUAUUUUGCGAAUAUUGGUAAACCAAAAGAAACGGGCAGAAGCCGCUGAAUUAGAAAAUGAAAAGGGAGGAAUUGGGAAACGGCGCAAAAAUAAAAAAAAUAAUAUUGCAUCAACAAUCAAUAAUUUAGUUCAGCGACCAAUCAUUGCCGUUUGUAACGAUGUUUAUGCCUCGUCUCUCCGAUCUUUAAGACCAUAUGCAGAAAUUGUUUCAUACAGCAGAGUGUCUCCCUAUGUCAUAGCAGAUACCCUUCAAAAGAUUUGCCGUAAUGAAGGUUUUGAUAUUGAUGAUGAUCAACUUACUCGCAUUGCUGUUGACUCGGAAUGUGAUUUGCGCAGUUGCUUAAAUACAAUACAGUUUGGCUGUGAGUGCAAUAAUGAUAACAAACUCACAAGUACACCAAAAUCUGGAUCCCAAGUAACAAAAUCAUCCAAUUUCCAAAAAGAUAUGGCCAAGAACUGGUCUUCAGUCACUAUGCGAGUGUUUCAACAGCUACGAGGAAGUGGUGCAAAAACCAUUAGUUCAAACUCCAUAGCUAGUCUUUCAAGUUCAAAGCUUUUUACAAAACAAGAUGAAUCUGCAGCUGUUUUUUCUGAUAUUCAGGCUUGUGGUGAGUACGAUCGUGUGACAAUGGGGACCUUUCUUGCAUACCCUCACAUGCAGUACAAUGACGACAUGUUUAAGAAACCCGUGGAUUUCGGUGACUGGCUGUAUUUUCAUGACCGUAUCAACCGCUGUGUUUACGGAGCAGAUCAGCACGGUGCUAUUGCAGAAUAUUAUGGAUACACAGCUCUUGCAGCCCACGAAAUGUUUUCCAAUAUUAACAAUAACCGUGGAUUCCCCAAGUAUAGUGCUUCAUGGACAAAGACCGAAGAUGGCAAAUCUAUUCCUACAAAAAACAUCCUUUCAGAGCAUGAAUUCUACGAACAGUUUAAGAUGAACCAAGAUCUUACAGCCUCUAUGUUCAAGCAGGCUUACUCAAAUGUCCCUGAGAUUUUGCAAUCAUUUAAUAAGAAAGAAUUUGUCACAUCGUUGGUUCCUUACCUUGCAUACUUUGUUAACCCAGAACUGCCACAAACCUCCUCUCGAAAUAGAAGACAGGGAACACCAGGUCCUGAAUCCCAAGGAGACUCAGUUGUCAUCGUACCAGAAGAACUGCGUAUGCAAAAGAUUAACCAUACCCUACACAUUCUUUUAGACUAUGGCUUAAAGUAUGUAUUGCAUGACACAAACAAUGGUCGUUCUGGUGAUACUAGUCGACUCGGUACUAGUGGCACUGUUUAUGUUCUUGAGCCUGCAUUUGAAAAAAUUGCCUUUUUUGAACCCAAGACUCAGCUCCAAGCUAGUGUGGGCAAGUAUGCCACUCGGAAUCUUAUCAAUUCCGAGAUUGUAAAGUACAAGGCCACUCUUGUAUUUAAACCUGUUGAAGAAGAUUCUGAAGGACUUAAACGAGCUAAUGAAACUGAGGAGGAUGAAGAAGCAAGUAAUAAAAAGAAGAAAACUGGUUCCGAGGAGGAAUCUGAUAACAAUGAAAAGAAAAAGAAAAAGAAUCCUUCGACAGGAUUGUUACGAUUUUCAUUUGCCAGAAUCCAGUCUGAAGAAAAGAAACUUCCAAGCAAAGACAAGAACGAGGAGCCUGAGGUCAAGCGUGUGCUUGCAUCUAGUGGAGACGAGAAAACUCGGAUCUGGGUCCAGUACCAUGAAGGCUUGUCUAACGCUGUACGUCGGAACUUGACUUGGGAAGGAAUUUGGAAUUAA